CCUCCGUCACGGGCCACCUCAUGGAACUCGAAUUCGAUGACCGCUUCCGCCGCUGGCACUCCUGCGACCCCGCCGAACUUUUCCACGCCCCAGUCCGCAAGUCCGUGCCCCAGAGUGGGAGCCCCGCUGAACAGUGGACGCGCGUUUCUCAACUAUCGUGUGCCUGGCGGGUGGCGCACUGGGUUGUUUGGUUGGCCUUCAAGCAACGCUUUUCCUGGCGCGAGCAGUGCCCGCGGCUCCGAUUUUUGAUACUUGAAGCUACCAUGGUUGCCAAGCCAUGGGCAGCAACUUGCCUGGGAGGCCUCCAAGCAAACGAGCCCCAAAUGAUGUCUGAUACUUGGAGUCAUUGUCCAAUUAGGGGAGGGGCACUUAAAUGCUAAAAUUGUAAUUGUAGGCAUAUCAUGAUGGUUGCAUGAAAGUGUAGAUCAUCCCAUUUAGCAGUCAAUCAUGUCCUUUGUUUAAACAAGUUAUGUAGAGAUCAAAUUAUCAAAGUUUAUUUAACACAAUCAUUUGAUUUGCAGGCCUGGUGUAGUGGUGAGAGCUGUCUCAUUGAGUCACCAGGUCGCGCGUUCGAAGCAGUCUUUCCGUAUUUGCAAGGCUUACCUCGGUUUAUCCCUUCCCUAGACUCAAGCCUCCAGCACUGGAUCUGUCUCUUUUUUAUUUGAUAUGCAGUCCUUGCAGGGUUUUAACCUAGAAUGAUAGCCUUGUAACUAGCAUCUACUGCACCGCAUGCAGAUAAAUAUUUAGGCUAACAAGGAGAAAAAACAACUGAUCACUUCAAGUCAAAUGACUUUGCAUCAUUCAUGUAGUUAAGAGCAUAGUUGCCAUGGAUUUGAUUCUAACAUAAUGCUUGCUUGGUGUUCUUCAUGAUGACAUAAGUAGUCAUUCUUUCUUAUAAACUCCUGGCACAGUGGCUAGAAGCCUUUCCCACUUCCACUGAGCCAAAGAUUCUGAGUUCAACGCAACCUCUCUGAAAAAAAAUACAGGGGUAAGACUUGUCUCGGUUAUCCCUUCCUCAGACCCCACUCAUGUGGGAGCUACCAACACUAGGUCUGCCCUUUCUUGUAAACUCCUCUCUCCCUGUAUGGAUGAAUUUGUUCAUGAACAUGCAAGCAUGGGUUGACUGGCAUGUUCAAUUGUCUAUCUUCAGCUGUCAUGUUGUGCUAGCUUAUAUUGAGAUUAUUUUCUUCAUAAAUAAAGAUUGUGGCAUUUUCAUGAUGUUAUUAUAACUUCUUGGAUGUUGUUGCUGUUGGGAUCUAUUCUUGAAUUUGUCCCUUCAAUAUAUGCAGGACAAGCAGGCCAUAAAACAAACUUUGGAAGAAGAAGCUAGGAGAUGCCAGUGGCUGGUGCUAUGGCUUGAUUGUGAUAGAGAGGGUGAGAACAUAGCAUAUGAAGUGAUCGAUGUUUGUACACGUGCCAACAGUCAUCUUAACAUUUGGAGGGCUCGCUUCUCAGCUUUGAUUGAUAGGGAGAUACAUGAAUCUGUGCAACAUCUUGGCAGGCCCAACAAGCUCUUUGCAGAUGCUGUGGAUGCAAGACAGGAAAUUGACCUUCGCAUUGGUGCCUCCUUCACAAGGUUUCAAACCAUGCUGUUAAAGGAUGCAUUUGUAAUUGAUGUGACUGGGGAUGAGAGAAGUUUGGUUCUGAGCUAUGGUCCUUGUCAGUUUCCAACCCUAGGAUUCAUUGUUGAGCGUUUCUGGGAGAUUCAAGCUCAUGAACCUGAAGAGUUCUGGACAAUAAAUUGUACUCAUACUUCAGAUGAAGGCACUGCAUCUUUUGGUUGGAUACGUGGUCAUUUGUUUGAUUAUUCAUGUGCUAUUAGUAUCUAUGAAAUGUGUGUUUCAGAACCAAUGGCAACAGUACAAAAUGUUAGGAAUCAAGAGAAGCUAAAAUACCCCCCAUAUCCACUAAGUACAGUGGAGCUUCAGAAACGUGCUUCUAGGUACUUUAGAAUGAGUUCAGAGCACACAAUGAAGGUGGCUGAAGAACUUUAUCAAGCUGGAUUCAUUAGUUAUCCGAGGACAGAAACUGAUAACUUCUCCCCAAACACUGACCUGCAUGCAAUCGUACGUGAACAAGUGAAUCAUCCAGUUUGGGGAGCAUAUGCUCAGCGACUUCUAAAUCCUGAAGCAAGACUUUGGAGGAAUCCCAGUAAUGGUGGUCAUGAUGACAAGGCACAUCCUCCUAUUCAUCCAACCAAAUUUUCAGAAGGUGAAAGAAACUGGAGUCCAGACCACACUAGAUUGUAUGAGUUUGUUGUCCGACAUUUCCUUGCAUGUUGCUCUCAACCGGCCGUUGGAGCUGAAACAACUGUGGAAAUUGACAUAGCUGGUGAACAGUUUAAUGCAUCAGGGCGUGUCAUACUUGCUAAAAAUUAUCUGGAUGUUUACCGCUUUGACUCAUGGGGUGGAACGUUACUUCCAACAUACAACAUUGGGCAGCAGUUUGUUCCGACAACUUUAACACUUGAUUCUGGAGUGACUCGGCCACCGCCUCUUCUGGCUGAAGCCGACCUUCUUAGCUGUAUGGAUAAAGCAGGAAUUGGCACUGAUGCAACCAUGCAUGAUCACAUAAAAAAGUUGCUUGACCGUUGUUAUGCAACCAAAGAUGAAAACACACGUUUCUCCCCGACAAAUCUUGGUGAGGCAUUGGUGAUGGGUUAUGAUGAAAUGGGGUAUGAGCUUUGGAAGCCUUAUUUAAGAUCAAUGAUGGAAGCUGAUAUGAAAUCAGUUAGCGUGGGUACUAAGAGUAAAUCAGAAGUACUUGAGAGUUGUUUGCAGCAGAUGAAGGCCUGUUUUCUUGACGCAAGGGUGAAGAAAGCAAAACUCCUUGAUGCAAUGGGGACAUUCUUUGCAAGGUCUAAUAGGCCUAUAAAUGAAACUCAAAAUCCAGUAGAGGUUGUGAGGCCUUGUGGUGCAUGCAAUGGAUCUGAAAUGUUGCUUAAGCGAAGGGCGAGUGGUGAAUUUAUGGUUGGGUGCCGAAGUUAUCCACAAUGUAGAAACGUGGUAUGGCUCCCAGGAUCUCUUUCAGAAGCGGCUGUAACUAAUCAAGUUUGUCCUAUCUGCGCACCAGGCCCUGUUUAUAAGAUUCAAUUCAAGUUCCGUCGGAGGGAUAUUCCACCAAAUUUCGAUGUUGAUCACCUAGGUUGUGUUGGUGGUUGUGAUGAUAUCCUCAAAGACCUUAUGGAGAUAAGUAGGUUUGGAAGUCGCAGCCAGGCUGCAACACCAGCAAGAGGACCAACACCAAAUGGUGUGGGUCAGGGGACUCCAAGACAGGAUUUACAUACUAUUUUUCGUCCGGCAAGCCAGCUUAAUAAUGAUAACCCAUCGGUUAUGCAUUCUCAAGGUUUCCGUUCAACCCAUACCCAAAAUCCAAGUAAUGCAUCAGAUGCAGGUCAAGUGCUGUGCACCUCAUGUGGAGCGCUUUGCAUAUCACGAAUUGCUAAUACAGAGGCUAACAGGGGGAGGAGGUUCUACAAAUGUCAAGAUCCUGGCUGUGGCUUCUUCAAAUGGGAAGACGAAGUGGACAAUGGUACGGGGAGAGGCCGCCGUGGGCGCGGCAGCAGCAGGCAGGCGUCUGCGUCUGCAUCUGCAGGACGGAGAGGCGGAGGCCGGAGAGGCAGAGGCCGUAACGCUGACGGCGGGAUGUUCGUUUCAGCGACGGGCGACACCGUGCUCGGCUGCUGCUUUAACUGCGGCGAUCCUUCCCACUUCGCAAACGCCUGCCCGAACCGGAGAUAGUUAUCAGGGAGCUGCUCGCUAUGCGUGUACAGAGACUGGCAGCGUCCGCCAAACGAUGAAGCCUUCGGAUGGUUUUCGUGUACUGAGGUGCAUAUAAGUGCACCUGACAAGCUCAUUUUCUAGACAAUUACUAAUAUUUUUAAACAAAAUGCAGCUAUUAGGCUGAUGCUAGUUCAGCAAA